AUGAUUCCUGCAAUUCAGGAGCGCUCACUACAUGUUCGACGAAAUGCCAAGGAGAGCUCGGUCGCUGUUUCUCAUCCCCAUCCCCAUCAUUCUGGGGCUUCAUCUGUAGCUGCAUCAACAGCUCCCUUGUCGUCCUCUAAUUCGUCCCAGCAGGAUACCCCUGAUCCCUCUCAUCAGCAACCUCAUCUACCUCCAAUCAGCCCCGCCAUCCUUUCUUCGGAACAGCAGUCCACGGCAGACCCCAAUGCUCCGCUUCCCCUUCAUCCACCUCCCUCGAAGCAUGCUCCUUUCGCUGUUGCAGCUCUCUUGUCGGCUGCGGAUCUUUCCACAUUCAGGGACCCCCCCGAUUUCUCUCUCUGCAGCAGCAUCAUUUUCGGAGUAGUCAACUAUGUGAAUCCGCUACCCCUAUCCUCCACCUCUCAUCAUCAAAACAUCGCUGCCCGCUGCCUGCAGCAGGCAACUGCCUGCCAGGUCCAGCCGCUCCUGCAGUCCACUGACGCUGCGGCAACUCAUCCGCCUCUUAUUCCACCACCAUCCAACUCCACUGUCGCUACAGUAACUCAUCAGCUAUGUGAUCCGCUAUCCUAUCCUCCACCUCCAUCUCAACCACCGCUGCCCGCUGCUGCACAGCAACUGCCUGCAGUCCAGCCACACCUACAGUCCUCUGUAGCUGCAGCAACUCAUCCGCCUCUUAUUCCACCACCAUCCAACGUCGUAGCAAUCUCCUCUUCCACUCCGUUACCUUCUUCUGCAGUAUCACCCGCUGACUCAGUCCAGCAUCCUCCGUCGUCCGAGGUCCAGCCGAGUGACACAAGCUCAGUUUCUGCCCCUGCUGCAGUCCCCUCCACGGCACAGUUUCUGUCCGCCCAAGCUGCACCCUUCUCCCCUUCGGAUCCAGUCCAAGCAACUCAGCAAACUUCAUCUCUAAACAACCAGCACUCUACCUCAUCCUUGAGAGUUUACUACAACUCCACGGUGCCAAAUAUAUGA